UAUUUUUUAUAUAUUUUAACGUGUUAUUUAUUAGGCACACACUAAAUUGAUCAAAAGUUAGACAUGAAUAAAGUUCCAAAAGAAUUCCUUUUUCAAAUAAAUUAACGUAAUGUAUAAACGUAUCGUAGUUCCACAAAAAUGUCAAGCUGCUUAACUUCUUUAUUCCAAAUUUUGACCAAAAGUUUACUGAAAGUUAUUUUAAAGUGUUCUUUUACAUAUUCAUUUUUUCGCUGUACUCAAAGCCCCUCUCAAUGGGGCAUCAGGCACCUCCUCUCUAAUUGUGCAUCAGGAACGUCAUGGGGUCUUUCAAAUCGGCCCCUGAAGUACAGCAGAAGUGUCUUUGUUUGGUUCCACUGAAAUGUGCAGGCUGUGGCACUCUGGAUGCUCCCCAGAUGGAAGCUGGCUUGUGAGCAGCAGAAUUGGUCAUGGGCUGCACGCCAUCCAAAUCCAACCUCACCUACACGCAUGUGCGCCUGAGUCGAGAUCUGGACACCUGUUCCACAUUUGUGCCCAGUUUAAAGAGCUCCGUGUCCACACCAGAGAGGCCUUCACCUCAGCUCUGCCUUGAGACGGCCAGCGGGAAGCAAACAUUUCUCAGUGUUCCUAGUCACGACUAUCAAGGGCGCUCCGUGAGUCAGCCCUGCAGCCCGGACGAGUGGAGCAGAGUCAGCACCGGCAGCCCGUUCGGUCCUGAUCGACCCUGCGUUCAGCCGAGCAGCACUGACAGCGACUCCGAGGACGACAGCGCGGCUCCCGUCACUAAACGAUGACAGUAAUGCUUCUUGUUUUUAUAGCCCUCCACCUUGCUGAAAGGAAGAGAUGUGUUUUACUCAGAAUAAACGGCAAACUAUAGCUAUAUUAAUUUGUAUAUCAAAUAUAUAAUGCCCAAAUAACAUUUUUCUGUUUAACUUGUAAAAAAAUGUUUAAACAAAAUGCAACGAAACAUACCUCUUGACAUGACGAGAAUAAAAGACGAACGUCCAAGCCUCGCGGUAUUUGGGUGAAUUCUCGCGAGAGUUUGCGGAUUUUGGAGAGCAAACAGGGCGAAAUGGAGAUAUGAGGUCUGAAAAGGAGCAGAGGAUAGGAAGCAGGGAGAGAGGCAGCGUCGAGAUCCUGUUUUGGGACUGUCAGAGGGAGCAGGACAACGUCGCGGUGAACCCGAAGCACAAGGAGGAGAAAAAGGAGACCUUCACCAAGGUUGUCAUACGCCGACUGCCACCCAGUUUAUCAAAAGACCAGCUCGAGGAGCAUCUGAGUCCUCUUCCAUCUUUUGACUAUUUUGAGUUCUUCUCCGCUGAUCAGAGCUUAUAUCCACACCUCUUCUCAAGAGCAUACAUCAACUUCAAAAACCCAGAGGAUAUCAUUGUUUUCAGAGAUCGCUUUGAUGGCUAUGUAUUCAUUGAUAAUAAAGGCCAAGAGUAUCCAGCUGUUGUAGAAUUUGCUCCAUUUCAGAAAGUUUCCAAGAAAAAGUUAAAGAAGAAAGAUGCUAAAGCAGGAACUAUUGAAGAAGACCCAGAAUACAGGCGAUUUCUGGAAAAUUACUCUUGUGAUGAGGAGAAAUCAAUGGCCAAUCCAGAAACACUAUUGGGAGAGAUUGAAGCUAAAACCCGAGAACUCAUAGCCAAAAGGACCACACCGUUGCUGGAAUACAUCAAAAACAAGAAAUUAGAGAAACAGAGAGUACGAGAGGAAAAAAGAGAGGAGAGGCGAAGGAGGGAACUGGAAAAGAAGCGACAGAGGGAAGAGGAGAAGCGGAAGCGCAGAGAAGAGGAGAGACGAAAGAGGAAGGAGGCUGAAAAGCAGAAGAAGCUUUCUGAAAAGGAGAUAAAGAUCAAGCUUCUGAAGAAGUGUGAUCUAGAAGAUGACAUGGACUCUGACAGACUGAAAGAUAAAGCAGACAGUGGAGAGAACAGAUGGGGAAAGCCGGCAGGACACACUAAGUCAAAGGAUUCCAAGGAUAAUAGGAGUCAAAUCAAGAGUGACAAGGAGCAGAGGGAAGGACACGGCUGUCGGCAAAGAGACAAAGAGCAUCACAGCAGAGACGAGGAGCGCAAACGACAGAGGCAUCACUACGAGUUUGACAAGUUUAUGCGACGCAAGGAGGAGACCAAAUGGGGUAAAGGCUACUGUCAGGACAGAGCCAAGAAAGACCAACAUCAUGGCCAUUCUUUCUGCCCAGAGACUGGAGACAAACUCGGAAAAGAGGAUCGAGAAGACAUGGGCAGCAGGAAAGAACGGAUUCGCAAUAAGGACCGACCGGCAAUGCAGCUGUACCAACCUGGUGCUAGAAACCGCAAGCGAAUUGGCUCUGGAAACAAGAUGUUUGACUUCCCACCAAUCUCUCCCGAACACGGAGGAGAACACUGCCACAAGACACUCAUUGGUACAGGCUCACAGAAGAGUGUCGAUGAGUGAAAAAAAGAUCACGACAGGAAGAAGUCUACUUUUAGAAGCAAGGGUCAUGGCACAAUAGAAAGAACACUCGCGAGCAACCUGGUUUUCUGUCUUGUUAGUCGAUGUGUGAGUAUAGUGCAUUGAAUUCCCUACUUAACAUUUUAUACACAAAGUCAACAGUGUCAUAAAUUUAAUGCUUCAUUGAGAAAAAUACCUCAGAUCAGAUUUGUAUGCCUUUUGUAGUAUAUACUGUUGAUAUAUAUAGAUUUUACUUUAUAUAAAAAUGCUACAUUGUAUUAAUGAAACAUUUAAGCAUGUAAUGCUUAAUUGAACACUUUCACACUGUAUUGCCUUUGAAUGAUGCUUCUGUUGUCCCUGAUGUAUAGACAUUGUGGCUUUUCUGUAGAAACAAAUACAUCUCAUAACAGGAUCUAGUAACUUUCAGAGAAGUGAUUUUCCUGCGGGCCAUAAAGAACAAAAUUGUUUGUUAAAAUCGUCUUCUGUUAGGUCAGAUAACACACGUUGUGAUAUUUGUAACCAUAGUGCAUGUUUUUGAGAAAUUGCAGUCAUUCAGUGGUGGGAGGCUACAUGUGUUCACACGCCUUACCUUUGCAACUGAUUUGCACUUAAAGAUCCCGUCUGUUAUUAAAAAACCCUACAAAAAAUACAGGUUUUUAGAAUUAUUGUAGAGUCCAAAAAAUAAAGAAAUUAAAAAUGUGAUGCUGUUUUUGAUGGAUUGACCAUUUGUGUACAAUAAAGAUGAUUAUAAAAAG